AUGUCGAGCAGUUAUGAUUUUACUUCUAGUCGAGAUGGACGUCAACGUGGCAAUCGUAGGGGUACUAAUCCAAGUUCAUCACCAUCAUUCAUUCCAUUGAUUGAAACCAAUGGUAGUCCAGUGAUAGAGGAACAGCAACAUCAUCAGAGUCGAUUCACCGAAUCCACAUCAUUAGCAGUACCAUCCUCUUCAUCAUCAAACUUACCUGUACCCCCAAAAUUCUCCAGUUCGAUUGACCCUAGUAACCAGCACUAUCAAAAUGGAAAUAGGCUUAAUGAUCAUCUUACUUCAUCUUCACCAAAUCAAUCAUCUUUUGAUUUGGAUUACUCACAUGAACUCUAUAGGUCAUCUUCACCCGACCAAUCUAAUUUCAAUACUCCUCUCUAUCCACCUUCUAAUCCAUCACUAAACCCUGGUAGUAGGGAAAGCUUUGCCUUAUCUUCAAUUCAUUCACCUUCAGUUUACCCUCAGAGACCACUUAUAAGACAUAGUGGAGCCACAUGGCAAUCUGGUUCUGAUAGUGAUCUAACUCGAAUCGGUACUGAGUCCCCUUGGAUCAACAAAACAAGUUCAACUGGCAUGCUUUACCAAUACGAUGAUGAAGUUGAGGGGGAGGGACAUACCUAUCCAAGUCCAAAUCUUAGCGUAGAAAAACCAUCAUCACGAGACCCUCCUUCAAAUUUACAACAACAGCGAGCAGCUCAUCGAAAGAAAUUGAUCAUCAGUCUGAUCGUCGCUGCUCUUCUUAUCUUUCUCGCUAUUGCCAUUGGUAUCUAUGUCGCCUUACGAAAAUCGAAUUCGGCCAGUGACGCUUCAAACGGCAAAGCUGUUACUAGUACUGCCAAUGGUAAAGUUGCUCAGCUUUGGGGAGUGGGUGGAGAUAAAAUCACCACCGAGGAUGGCUCAAGUUUUAUCUACAACAAUACCCUCGGAGGUACUUGGGUUUCAAUCCCUUACAAUGAUACCGCACGCUGUCAGGACACUUCGCCGCCAUUGAACCAACCGUGGGAUUACUCGAAUUCGAGGAUUUAUGGUGUCAACCUUGGUGGUUGGUUCGUUCUCGAGCCGUUCAUCACACCUUAUCUUUUUGAAAAAUUCAACGACCCGAACGUAGUCAACCCGACGGUUGUAGACGAGUGGACCCUUUCUCAAGCACUCGGAUCUGAACUUGCAACCACAAUGGAAGAGCAUUAUAAAACUUUCAUCACUGAGAAAGAUUUCGCUGAUAUCGCUUCUGCUGGUUUGAACUGGGUUCGACUUCCUGUUGGUUGGUGGAUGAUUGAAACUUGGAGUGGUGAACCAUUCUUAGAAGGCGUCGCAUUCAAAUAUUUUGUCAAGGCUUUGAAUUGGGCUCGUAAAUACGGUCUAAGGGUGAAUCUUGAUUUACAUUCAGUGCCUGGGAGUCAAAAUGGUUACAAUCAUAGUGGAAAGCUCGGUACCAUCAAUUUCUUGAUAGGUUUGAUGGGUGUCGCGAACGCUCAAAGAACAUUGAAUUAUAUCCGCACCCUCACCCAAUUUGUCUCACAACCUCAGUAUACAAAUGUGGUACCGAUGUUUUCGGUUUUGAACGAGGCACUUGUUCAAAAGAUUGGCGCAACCCAGAUUCGCUCCUUCUAUGUACAAGUCUACGACAUGAUGCGCUCAAUCACAGGGUUCGGUCUUGGUAAAGGACCAAUGAUGGUUAUUCACGAUGGUUUCACUGGAACAGGAGCCGGUCAUCUUGGAUGGGGAGGUUUUAUGCAAGGCGCCGACCGGAUAGGACUCGAUACUCAUCCCUACUUUUCAUUUGACAAACAAUCUAAUGAUUCGAUGGAUUACAACGCAUACAAGCCCUGUACUUAUUGGGCCAAGAGCUUUAACCAAACUAAUGCGGACUUUGGUUUCAAUUUUGCUGGGGAGUACUCAUUGGCAAUCAACGAUUGUGGACAAUGGCUCAAUAAUAUCGGAUCUGGAUCUCGCUUCGAUGGAACGUAUCCCAAUGUCAACACACCUGAUCUCGUCCAUUUCCCAGUUGUGGGCUCUUGUGCGUCCUGGAACGAUUAUACAACCUGGUCACCUGCUCUCAAGCAAUCGUUAAUCGCACUAGCCGAUUCUUCACAAGACGCAAUGCAAAAUUCUUUCUUUUGGACAUGGAGGAUUUCACAAUCUACUAAAUCCAAAUUGAUACCUAAUCCACUUUGGAGUUAUUCUUUAGGCCUUCAAGAAGGUUGGAUCAGACGUGAUGCGCGUGCUAGUUUAGGAGGCUGUGCCAGGGCAGCAACCCAACAAGGUACUACUCCACCAUUACAGCCAUGGACACCGCCCUUCGCCGAAAAUCAGAUUGGUGGUAAUGGCACUACGAGUCUCAUCGAUGCAGCUCAACUGGCCCCAUACACCGUUUGGCCUCCCGCUUCGAUUACCGCUCUUCAAGGUGGAAACCAAAUGUAUAAUCAAGCACAAAAUUUACCUUUAUAUACUGCCACUGGUACCAUCAAGAAGUUAACACCAGAGCAACCCAGCUUCAAUCUUUUUCCAGCCGCCGCCACCGCCACUGCAGCCGGAGAUGGGUGGUACAAUAAAAAUGAUCAGUCAGGCUGGUGGGUUGGAAUCGACGGUUGCCAAUACCCUGAUCCUUGGAACGCCGGUGGUCUUCCAGCCCCUACCGGUCCGUUUUGUCAAGGUACAAAUACUGCUGAUGCGCCUGUUAUAACUGCCACACCUGCUCCAUGAUUCACUGUCGUUUUUCAUACAUAUAUAUACAUAUAUAUAAUUUACACCGAAAAUAAUAUGACAUGGUGAUCCUAACCUCAUUGUCGUUAUCCUCUUUUGUAUCUCUUAUCGUCUUUUUUUUAAUCCUUUUGCCCUUUUUUUUAGAAUUUGUUUAAACUUACUGCUAUCUUAUUCCAUGUCACUCUUGUUUACUUUCAUUUUUCAAUACUUUGCUCUUUUUUACUACGAUUUAUCUUAGUCACUAUCUCUCAGAUUAUUCUUGACAGACUUUUUUUUUACUGCUAUAUUAUAAAACUUUCAGUUGUGUUGGGUAGAACAUUUUUUCUAUAAAUUAAAGAUCUUAAUGCAAUCCAUCAUUCUAUUUUUUCUU